UUUUUGAUAUAUUGAAAUUAACUCGUCAAUUGUUCAAAAAUAGUUCAACAGCUGAUAGCAAUUUAUUUUUGUGUAUUGGCAACUCUACUUGUAUAAAUAUAGUAGACGUAGUGCAGCUGCACAUGGUAAAUUAUAUUUAAAUAAGAAUAUUUAAAAUGAUAAAUUUACCAGGUGAAUUUAUUGACGAUAUUGAGGAUUUAAUAUCUUCAGAUGAUAUAAAACCAAAGGAACGUUAUCAGAAUAAAAAAAGUGUGACUGUUCGAGCCAAAAAACGCAUAACCGUCGAGUCAGACACAAAGCCGGAGUCAUAUCCAGAAAAGACAAUAUAUGAAAGUGUCAUACCCGGUACUCAAACAAUCUUUGUCAAAACAUGGGGUUGCGCGCACAAUAAUUCAGAUUCAGAAUAUAUGGCAGGUCAAUUAGCAUCCUAUGGCUACAAACUUACUGAUAGUAAAGAAAAUGCUGACCUCUGGUUGCUCAACAGUUGUACUGUGAAAAAUCCAUCGGAAGAUACAUUUCGAAAUGAAAUUGAAUCGGGUAUGAACAAAGGCAAACAUGUUGUGGUAGCUGGUUGUGUUCCUCAAGGUGCACCUAAAUCAGAUUACUUGCGUGGACUGUCUGUAAUUGGAGUACAACAAAUAGAUCGCGUUGUAGAGGUUGUCGAAGAAACACUUAAAGGACACAGUGUGCGUUUGCUGCAAAAUAAAAAAGUUGAUGGCAAGCGUUUAGCUGGCGCACGUUUAGCAUUACCAAAAGUACGUAAGAAUCCAUUAAUUGAGAUAAUAGCUAUAAAUACUGGUUGCCUGAAUCAGUGUACCUACUGCAAGACCAAACAUGCACGUGGCGAUUUGGCUAGUUACUCACCUGAAGAGAUAGUAGAUCGUGCUAAACAGGCAUUUGCUGAAGGCUGUUGUGAAAUAUGGUUGACAUCGGAGGAUACAGGUGCAUAUGGUCGCGAUAUUGGUACUUCGUUACCUGAGCUAUUAUGGCAGUUAGUAGAAGUGAUACCUGAACAUUGCAUGUUACGUGUUGGUAUGACCAAUCCACCAUAUAUAUUAGAACAUUUAGAGGAAGUUGCAAAAGUGCUACAACAUCCACGUGUCUAUGCUUUUCUACAUGUGCCUGUGCAAAGUGGCAGCGAUAGUGUACUGGGAGAAAUGAAACGCGAAUAUUGUCGUAAGGAUUUUGAACAUGUUGUGGAUUUCUUACGUGAACGUGUACCUGGUGUCACCAUUGCUACAGAUAUUAUAUGCGGAUUUCCUACUGAAACUGAUGAUGAUUUUGAGGAAACAAUUACUUUAUGUGAACAUUACAAAUUUCCGAGUUUGUUUAUAAAUCAGUUCUUUCCCAGACCAGGCACACCUGCAGCCAAAAUGCAGCGUAUACCAGCGAAUUUAGUAAAGAAACGCACCAAACGACUUACGGAGCUAUUCAACAGUUAUGAACCGUAUGCUGGUCGAGAGGGACAGGUCUACACUGUUUUAGUAACAGAAAUUUCACAUGAUAAGCAACAUUAUGUUGGGCACAACAAAAUGUAUGAGCAGGUGUUAUUGCCGAUGCGAGAGAAUUUAUUAGGAACAGCAGUACGUGUACGUAUAACCAAAACCACCAAGUUUAGCAUGUGUGCGGAAAUACUGGAUGAAGAAAACGAUUGGACGCGGUGUAGUAAAAAAUUCGAGAGUAAACCGGCUACGAUUGGAAAUCGCACAUUUAAUCGUUAUUUGGGUAUGGCGCUUAUUGCUGGAUUUGUUGCUUUUAUUUUACAAAUUAUAAUAAAAUUUAUUUAACUGUGA